CACUUUUGCAUCACGCGCGCCCUUGAAAGCAAAACUAGCUUCCUCCAAUAAAAAUAUAGAUACAGAAAAACCAAAUCUUCUCAGUGUGUGUGUUCUUGAGUUGAAUAUUCAGGAGAUACUAUCCAAAACAUCUCCUGUUUUUCCAAUUUGACAAUAUGAGACUUUUUGACCUUUUCCACUGUUUGCUGCUACUUGUUCUGAAUCAAAUUGCAUUCACCUUCUAUUCAGCAUCAUCUGCGCCAGAUGGCAAUCUUGUUACAAAGCUCCCUGGAUUCAGUGGCAGUCUCCCUUCCAAGCACUAUUCUGGGUAUGUCACUAUUAAUGAGGAGAAAUUGUAUUACUAUUUUGUGGAGUCUGAGAGGAAUCCAUCAAAGGACCCUGUGGUGCUCUGGCUCAAUGGUGGUCCGGGUUGCUCUAGCUUUGAUGGAUUCAUCUACGAGCAUGGACCCUUCAAUUUUGCAAAGGAGCCACAUGGUGGCUUCCCAACUCUGCAUCUCAAUCCAUACAGCUGGUCCAAGGUCUCUAGUAUGAUAUAUCUAGACUCCCCGGCUGGUGUUGGAUUAUCUUACUCAACAAACGAAUCAGAUUACAUCACCGGAGACCUAAAGACUGCUUCUGACUCUCAUAAAUUUCUCCUCAAGUGGUUUGAGCUCUACCCGGAAUACCAGAGCAACCCAUUCUACAUAUCGGGAGAAUCAUAUGCCGGAGUCUAUGUCCCAACUUUGGCUUUUGAAGUAGCUAAUGGAAUUGAUGUUGGUGUGAAGCCUAUCAUUAACCUCAAGGGGUACCUGGUGGGAAACGGAGUUGCUGACGAUGUGUUUGAUGGCAAUGCUCUCGUACCAUUCGCUCAUGGAAUGGGCCUCAUUUCGGAUGAACUAUUUGAGGCAGUAAACUCUGAAUGCAACGGUGCUUACUACAAUCCGACGAGCCAGAACUGUGAGAACAAACUUGUCAAAGUUGAUGAAGCUCUCAAGGACCUAAAUAUAUACGACAUUCUUGAGCCAUGCUAUCAUGCCCCGGCAAGUAUCACUCAACUCAAGAACACAAGUGUGCCACUGAGCUUCAGGAAAUUAGGUGAGACCGAAAGGCCUCUACCCGUUAGAAAAAGAAUUUUUGGGCGUGCAUGGCCCUACAGAGCUCCAGUUAGAGACGGAUAUGUCCCAACAUGGCCACAGCUUCUGAAUGGCGAAAAUGUUCCUUGCACGGAUGAAGAGGUCGCGGACAUAUGGCUAAACAACGAUGCAGUUAGGAAGGCGCUUCAUGCUGACAGCGCAGACCUAUCCGGAAGGUGGGAUCUUUGCACGGAUCGGAUUUCAUUUCACCAUGAUUCUGGGAGCAUGAUCAAGUAUCACAAGAACCUCACAUCACGCGGGUAUCAAGCCCUUAUCUACAGUGGAGAUCAUGAUAUGUGUGUCCCAUUUACGGGAAGUGAAGCCUGGACAAGAUCGAUCGGAUACAAGAUUACUGAUGAGUGGAGGCCUUGGUACGUGAAAGGCCAAGUUAGUGGGUACACUCAAGGCUAUGACUACAACCUCACCUUCCUCACCAUCAAGGGGGCCGGACACACCGUGCCAGAAUACAAGCCAUCUGAGGCGUUAGAGUUCUAUUCGCGCUUCUUGGCUGGGGCAAAGAUAUGAAAAACAACAUUGCCUUCGUAUGGGACGAGAGUAGUUAAUCUAUUCACUAUUCGAUUCUUCAAGUUCUCAAUCAUGUUGAUUGAUGAUUGGAGAAAAUAUUUCAGUUAUUAUGUAGGGAAACAAAAAGAGUGUUUAGAGUAGUAGUACUCUUUGCUUAUACUAGGAAGAAUCUGAUAUACUGUGAUUUCGAAUUUAUAAUAAAUGUUACAUUUUCACGUA